CCUAAGUGCUCAGUCAGCUACGCUGUACUGUUUCUGGAGCCGGAACGUUACAAUUUAUAGAAACUACAAUUUGUUCUUCAUACAUUUUUCCCCUCAUACAUUUAUUAGCUAUUCAAGAACAAUGAGAGAAAUCGUGCAUAUUCAGGCAGGCCAGUGUGGUAAUCAGAUUGGUGCCAAGUUCUGGGAGGUGAUUAGCGAUGAACAUGGAAUUGACCCGACCGGCACUUACCAUGGAGACAGCGACCUGCAGUUGGACAGAAUCAGUGUCUAUUACAACGAGGCUACAGGUGGCAAGUAUGUGCCUAGAGCCAUCCUUGUGGACCUGGAACCUGGUACGAUGGACUCUGUGAGGUCUGGACCUUUUGGACAAAUCUUCAGACCAGAUAACUUUGUGUUUGGUCAGAGUGGGGCUGGCAACAACUGGGCAAAGGGCCACUACACGGAAGGGGCUGAACUGGUGGACUCGGUCUUGGAUGUGGUCCGUAAAGAAGCUGAAAGCUGCGAUUGUCUCCAGGGCUUCCAGCUCACCCACUCCCUAGGUGGAGGCACUGGCUCCGGUAUGGGCACCUUGCUCAUCAGCAAGAUUCGGGAGGAGUACCCUGACCGUAUCAUGAACACGUUUAGCGUAGUGCCUUCCCCCAAGGUGUCGGACACUGUGGUUGAGCCCUACAAUGCUACGCUCUCUGUGCACCAGCUCGUGGAGAACACGGAUGAGACCUACUGCAUCGAUAAUGAGGCCCUUUAUGACAUCUGCUUCCGCACCCUGAAACUCACCACCCCUACUUACGGAGACCUCAACCACCUGGUGUCAGCCACCAUGAGCGGAGUCACCACUUGUCUGCGUUUCCCCGGGCAGCUCAAUGCAGACCUGCGCAAGCUGGCGGUGAACAUGGUGCCCUUCCCCCGCUUGCAUUUCUUCAUGCCGGGAUUCGCCCCUCUCACUAGCCGAGGCAGCCAGCAAUACCGCGCCCUCACCGUGCCCGAGCUCACGCAGCAAGUUUUCGAUGCCAAGAACAUGAUGGCUGCCUGUGACCCGCGCCAUGGACGCUAUUUGACCGUGGCAGCUGUCUUCCGAGGAAGAAUGUCUAUGAAGGAGGUUGAUGAGCAGAUGCUGAAUGUCCAGAACAAGAAUAGUAGCUACUUCGUCGAAUGGAUCCCCAACAAUGUCAAGACUGCCGUCUGUGACAUCCCUCCAAGAGGCCUCAAAAUGGCUGUCACUUUCAUCGGCAACAGCACCGCCAUCCAGGAGUUGUUCAAACGCAUCUCGGAGCAGUUCACCGCCAUGUUCCGCCGUAAGGCUUUCUUGCACUGGUACACAGGAGAGGGUAUGGAUGAGAUGGAGUUUACGGAAGCUGAGAGCAACAUGAAUGACCUGGUGUCUGAGUACCAGCAGUACCAGGAUGCCACUGCUGAGGAAGAGGGAGAGUUUGAGGAAGAAGCUGAAGAAGAUGCAUAAGAUGAAAGGAGAAUGAGAGUGUAGUAGGAAAGGGGGGCAGGGAUUUAAGUAAAACACUACAAAAUGGAGAGAAGAUGAGCAAACCAAUUUAGGGAACCGGAGAGAAGUACAAGUAUGUUUUGAUUGAAGUUUGAUGGCGAAAUUAAUUGAAAAGAGAUACCCAACCAACCCAGCAACUUAUGAUCUGUAGCAAAAGAAUGACGUUAAAGAAAAGGUCCACGAAAGAAACCGGUGGAAGCAAGAAAAACUGUGAGCGGAAAAUGGAUAAAUGAAUGUAGAGUCAGCUGAAGAGAACAAAGGAGAAAAGAAUAGCACUUUGCAAACUAACCACCAAGUCCGAGCCACAAAAACGAACAUCGUUCUGCUUAGGCGGUCCAGUGCGUUUUGUUCUUCUGCUUGGAAUGAAUGUUCUUCCCACAAGUCCAGCAGGAAUAGGGACUGAAAGCACCCAAUAAAGAUAUAUAGGAAGCAGACCGUCAGCAAAGCAGAAAUAACACAAUAAAUCAACCCAAACAACUAAUUGUGCUCAACAGUGACAGAGAACAAACACAUGGAUGUAGAAUGAAUUCAUCUCUAAUUAAAACUAAGCCUUCGAUAGGAAGAUUGUGAUGAAGAAGCAUGUAGGUGGCUGGUAGGGAGUGAAUCUGGAAAAAAAGAGGGAAACUUCUCAGCAAGGAAAAGGGGGUUAUUUGGUCCAUUUAUAGAUUUGUUUUAAGACGUAUUUAUAAUUUCCUGCUUUUCCGAUGACAAAUUGGCUUCUUCCUGCCCUAGAUCAAAUUCUGACCAUCAGCUGAAUUUCUUAUUUCUUUAGUGAGAAGAGAUGCAAAACUGUUUGUCAGUUAAAACACCACACAGAAAAUAAAAAAAAUAUACCAAGAGCAAGAAGGACCAGACAUCAACGAGUAGCACUAGAGUAUGAUUAAUAGUACAGAGAAGGAUCCCCCAAACAGAUCUUGUGUAUUACACACACAUAACUAAAAGCACAAAAGUCUUAAGUUUCUAACAAUGUAUCUGUACUUUGGGAAAGUUAUAAACUAGCCUUAGUUCUUUUGAUAGGUUUUAGGUGCUCGUUCUUAAAGAAAAUUGCAUCCGGACGCCAACCAACGUCUCGGAGGCAGUGCACGUACACUACAAGACACCAAAGGAGCUACAUUUACAUACCUGAAUGUCAAAGAAAACAAGUUCUUCUGUUACUUGCAUAAAUCUCUUAUAUGGAUGGAAAACAUUUUCACCGGGAGUGAAAGGAACAAGGAACCCUGUUUGAGCCUUUGCUUAAAGAUGGCCAGUUGUAGUAAUUGAACUUUUGCAUCUUAUUAAAAAUUAAAAUUCAAAACAUUAAGGAGAAGCUUAGAUUUCUUUUGUCAAUUAAUUAAUUAUUUUGUCCUUUUUUUUUUUUUUAAUUUCCAUGUGUAGUCAUGUUACUGGAAAGAAAGCGGCCUAUGGAGGAAAUAAAGGGCAUUUUUAUAAAACAAAA